AAACGGCAUGGAUGACGUUCUGAGGAUUAAAGAAAAAAAAAAAAAAAUGCUAUCGGCUAUCAAUCACAGACAUACACCUUCCCACCUUACCGCCAGAAUCUGCUACAACGUAGUGCAUCUUGUCUGAUGAGCGUCUGCAGGCGUGAUUAUACAAAGCGGGAAGAUGACAUCAGGAAUGAAGAUCAGGGAUCACGGCUGCGCAGUUGAGAAGAAUAAGGAAACGCAAUGGGACAGGAAUCCCAAGAGCAAGGCAGCGAGAAUCUGAUUCAACAUGGAAUUAUGUUCGCACUUUUACUUGCUAUACUCAUGUUCAUGCGGUGUUCCCUCUUCAUGGUUGCCUGACCCGAUCUCCUUACUGCCUCCAUGCCCUAUCAGACCAGAAUGCAAAUCCUCCAGCCCACACCGCAAGCAGUCUACAGCGGUGUCAUUAACGCGGUCUCGAAAAUCACAACGACAGAGGGCGCCAAAACGCUGUGGAGAGGUGUCAAUUCUGUCAUCUUGGGUGCUGGACCGGCCCAUGCGCUCUACUUUGGAACAUAUGAGUACGCGAAGCAAGCAUUUGGAGGAAACGAAUCUGGGCAUCAUUUAGUCGCCGCAGCUGCUGCCGGAGCCUGUGCAACAACUGCAAGCGACGCUUUGAUGAACCCAUUUGACGUAAUCAAGCAGAGGAUGCAGGUCCACGGAUCGGUCUACAAGAAUGUCCUGGAUUGUGCGACAAAAGUAUACAGGGCUGAGGGCAUGCGCGCCUUCUAUAUCUCCUAUCCGACCACCUUGACUAUGACCAUUCCCUUCCAAUCGAUCCAGUUUGCGACCUACGAAUACCUGCGUAAGGUGCUUAAUCCAUCAGGAGCUUACGACCCCAUGACUCAUAUCACUGCCGGAGGAAUUGCUGGUGCUUUCGCAGCAGCUACGACGACACCCCUCGAUGUAGCCAAGACCUUGCUCCAGACGCGCGGCGAGGCCACGGAUGUGAGCAUAAGGAAGUGUAACGGUUUGCUCGAGGCCUUCAAGCUCAUCUAUCAACGCCAGGGUCUUGCUGGAUUUGCAAAGGGUUUGCAGCCUCGUGUUUUGAGUCAUAUGCCCUCGACCGCGAUCUGCUGGGGCGUCUACGAGUACGGCAAGUGGUUCUUGAGCCCGGACAAUGCCGAUCAGCAUCCCAUCAACCUGCAUUAAAGACCAUCAUCAUUAUUUUUAUUUUGCUCUUUUUUUUUUUUUGCGCCCGCUU